AUAUUUUAUUCUCGCGACAAAGUAAAAUCGACGCCGCCCAUCGUCUCGUCCAAUCCAUAAUAUUAUAUAAUAUAUUACAUUAUUAUCUUUAACCGUGAUCCAGAGUGUACGAUUACAAAUUAUUGACGGAACUCUGAUCGUCCGAUGCUCAGAAUGUUGUCGUAGUGUAAUAUAAUUUGGAAAUUUUAUAUUUCGCGGCGCGCCAUUACCGUUUGGUUUUAUCGUGUGGAUGGCAAUACUAUUAUCACUGAGUACGGUUUCUAUUGUGUACCGUCCGUUUUCGAAUCGUUUACCUAACCUAAGUCGGGUUCGGACGAAAAACCACACGACGAUUGUUUAUUGAACCCGUUGUUUGAACGUGAUAUUUUCACUCAAUUCAGGAUCGUUGGCGAAUCUAAAAUGCCGAAAUCGUGUUGCUAUAUGUUCGCGGAUAUUGAAUACAUUCAACAGGUGAUAUAUGAUUUAAGACUAAAUGAACUACAGCAAAUUUUAGAAGCUGUUAAGCAGAACCAAUUUGGUAGCAUACAAUGUUUACGCAAACGUGUUUUGAGCUUGUUAACUGAUCCUGCACUAACAAAUAUAAAUUUGAAACAUAAAAUCUUACAAGUCUAUAACACUAGACCACAACGAAACCAACAACCUCAACAACGACCACAACUUUUACGAGAACCUCGAAACAACCUUCAAAUUCAUAGCCAAUCUUACAUACCACCAAGACCAAAUCCUACACAACCUUUUGUUGAAAUCGUGAGUCCAGAUAUAAGAUUUGAACACUUACCAUUCUUUAGAACAGUACAAUCAUUAUUUAAACCUGUUUACUGCCAGACUAAAACUGAUUCUGUCGACUUUACUGGGAUAUUUCAUCUAACAGAAAAUGUUAGACAUAAUAUUGUUAAUUCAUGGAAUACUGCUAGGCAAGAAUAUAAAAUUCAAAUUAUUUUAAGAUUACUACAAGUUGGACUUAAUGAAAAUGUUACUGAACGUUUACCUUACAAUAUCACAGUUUCUGUAAAUGAUCGUCAAUGUAAUUUACCUACAUUAAACUUCCCAAAUAUAAUGGGCAUCGCUCCGUGGCAUUGCAAUAUUCCUAUAGAUAUUACUCAACAAACAGAUUUAGGAAAUUCUGCAAAGAACACAUUAAAAAUUACAUGGACAAAUGAACCACACAAAUUUAUGGCUGGUGUUUUUGUGGCCCGCAGAUUGACUUGGAAUGAUCUGCUUGAAGAACUUAAAAAAAGACCCAAACGUUCCUCUGAUAAAACUAAAGAACUCAUUAAAAAAUCUAUGGAAAGUGAAGCUGAUAUGGGUGUAGAAUCUGUGUUUGCUACUGUUAAGGAUCCAUUAACUAAAUUAAGAAUGAAACUUCCUGCUCGAGGUGUAGACUGUAUACAUUUACAGUGUUUCGAUGCAAUACAAUUUUUACAGAUGAAUGAACAAAAGGAAAAAUGGACAUGCCCAUUAUGUAAAAAAAAAAUGAAGUUUGAAAACAUUGAAAUUGAUGAGUAUUUUUUUAACAUACUUAAUAGUCCAGUUUUAAGCGAAGAAUGUGAAAGUAUUCUUUUAUUUAAAGAUGGGACAUGGACUUAUGGAAAAAAUAAUAUAGGAUUUUCAAACAAUUCUAGAACGAAUGAUUGUGGAUCUACAAACAACAUAGAAGUAUUUACAUUAUCAGAUUCUGAUGAUGAUAAUGAUGCAGAUAAUAGUACAAGUUACGUAGCCAAUGUUGAUAAUGAUGAGAUUAUUCCAAAAUCAAAAUGUUUUAAAUAUUCUCCAUCAAAAGUAAAAGAAUCUGAACAUGGUAUAGAAAAUGAAGACCUAACAAAUCCUUCUGAAAGUGACCUAAGUGACGAACGUAUUAAUGGUGAUAGAUCACGCCCAUUAAUAGAAUCAACCUCUAUGUUAAAUAAUGUUGACCUUCCAAACAUUUCAAACCCAGGGUCCAAUAACUGCGUAGCUGGUAGCUCUGGGAGUAGUAGAAAUAAUAGACAUCAAGAAAAAGAUAAUUCAAGAUCGGUUUUAUGUGUUAUAACAUUAGAUUAAACUAAUGUAUUUCAAUUCUUACUGAUUUUAAAUUGUAUACAAUUUUUUAUGUUUUUAACUCGUUUUUAAAAACGUAGUACAACUGGUAAUGAUUUGUAUUUGAUCAAAACUUAUUAAUUAUAAAUAAUUAAUACUCUUAAUAAUGUAUAUAAUAACUACUAUUAGAUGCCUUAUUUACCUUGAUUUUAAUACAGUUGUUAUUGUUGUUAAUAAAUCAUGUUUUCCUAUGUAUAUUUAUUUAUGCAUCAUUUAAAAUAUAAGGGCAUUAUAUUACAGCCUACUACUGAACAUGAUUGUGGCUGUGGAUUGGUAGCUACUGAUAUUCUUUCUCAUCAGAAUAUAAUAUGUUUAAAUGUUCAACUAUUGUUUUCAAUAACAUUAAAACCGUUCAUAGUUAUAAGUGCCUAUAAAAUAACUUAGGUUAAAAUGAUUUUAUUAUUAAAACAACAUUUUUCUAUUUUAAUAAAACUCCAAAAUCUGAAGUGUUCUUUAAAUUCUAAAUUGUAUGAUAACUUGUAUUUACAGUAUUUUUAAUUUUUAUAUAAUUAUGUUGCAUUCAGGGGCGUCAUUUCAGAUUUUGAAAGGGAUGAUUAAAUUUGCCGACUUUUUAUCAUAAUACUUUUUAAAAAUUGUAAGGGGUUCAAAAUUAGUAACAUUAAGGAUAGUAA